UCUUUUUCGUUACCCGAUGGCUGCUGCGUUGUUGGUGACGCUGUACGAGUACUCGCCGCUGUUCUACAUUGCCUUGGUGUUCAUCUGCUUCUUGGUGACCAGCGGCCUGAUCAUGGGCUGGUUUGGAUGGGAUGUUCCUGUGAUUCUGAGGAAUUCAGAAGAAACUGAAUCAGUUGUGAAAGUGUCUCAGAAACAGAUGCAGCAAGUGAAAAAUCCAUUCAGUUUAGAAAUCAAAAACCCAGAAAUCACUUCAGCUUCAAAUGGCAUUACUCUGGUAUCUAAUUGCUUGGAAGACUGUCUCCUUACAUGCUAUUGGGGCUGCAGCGUGCAAAAGGUUCAUGAUGCUCUGCAGAAACAUGCUUACAGCUUUCGAAUAAAAACUCCCCAGUCUUUUGAGGAUGCAAUGUGUCAUGAGUAUCUCUAUUGUCAACAGUAUUGCAUAAAGAAGACAGAAAAAGAGGAAAAGCAUAGCCAAUUACCAGAAGUAACAAAAAUCCAUGAUUUUGGUCUAGUGCCUAGAUCUCGAUACCCACUAGUGGUACUGUUAACCCUUGCUGAUGAAGGCAACAGAGAAAUCUAUGACAUUAUUUCAAUGGUAUCAAUAAUACAUAUUCCAGAUGCCAGUUACAGGCUUUCCUGCCGGAUACUGUAUCAGUAUCUCCUUUUGGCCCAAGGUCAAUUUCAUGAUCUAAAGCAACUGUUCAUGUCUGCCAACAGCAAUGCAUCCUCUCUAAGUGACUCUUUCUCCGGUGAAAGGACUGAAGACCACGUCCUGCUUGAAAAGGUUGAGUUGGUGGAGACCGAGUCAGAAGUGCUGGAGGAGAGCAGCAAGGACUGCAUCGUCUGCCAAAAUCGAGCAGUCAAUUGGGUGCUUCUUCCUUGCCGACACACCUGCCUAUGCGAUGAGUGCGUGAAGUAUUUCCAGCAGUGCCCCAUGUGCCGGCAGUUUGUGAGAGAGUCAUUUCCAUUACGCAGUUAAGAGAAAGUGAGCCUUGCAAAAGAAGUUCCUGUGUGUUGUACUUAUCAGGGACUCUGGCAAAGGAUGGAUAAACACUUCAGCUGUUGGUUUUUGCAACAGUAUCUUUGAUCUCACAUUUCCUUCUACUUGAAUGAUGUUUGGUGCCUGGAAAACUCUGAAGCAGCAUUUUUAUUUUCCUUAACAAGGCACUCAGAAGCAUCACUGUGAAGGCCAAUGACAUAAGGAGUCUCAAUUUAGUCUUCAGGAAUGGGACAAAGGGAGAAGACCUUUAGGCAACAGAAGCAAUGCACUGAACAAUGAAGGACAUAUUUACAGAAAAAGAAAUCUUUUUUAAGUAUUUCCAGGACAUAUUAUUUUUAGUGUAUUCCAACCAACACAGAGCAUAUGGGGAACAAAUAUCCUCAUAUGUAAGAGACAUUGGCAAUCUUUAUUUAUUUAUAAUGAUAUUAGAGUAAAUAUCACAUAGCUUGGCUUUCAGCCAUUAGCAGUGUUGCACUUUUUAAGUUAUAGUAGGAAGGGGGGGAAAGGAAAUACAUAACAAUUCUCUGCAUAGGUUCAGAUGUCUUUUAUGUAUUCCAGCCUUUGUCAGCUUCGUAAUCUUGAAGUGAUGUAGGCUGGAAGUUCUAGAGUGCUGACAUAUCUGGAAUUGCCAAGUUGGGGAUGGCUGGUAUAGUCAGUUUUCUUGGGCUUGCUGGAUCUAAGUGUUUACAUUCAUUUGCAGAUGCAAGUAUGGCAUUGAGUGUGAAUUGUUUCUCCCAACAAAAGGAUGUCUACAAGAUGCACAUUCAAGCAAAUAUUAAUUGAACCGCAAAUCAGUUUCCGCUUGUCUUGUUCUUGGACACUAAAAAUUCAUUUGCCUUAGACAUGACAUGGGUGAUGUCAUGAAAGGCUGAUGUGGUCCAAACUCAGUGUGAUGUAAAUGAGUCUUUUGACAAAGGAGAGUUCAUUUGAAGACUGUUAUGCCUUUGAGUAGAAAUGUUUUGUGUAGAUCUUGCCUCCUGUCCAAGAUGCCACUUCUUGUCAGCAAGUGUUGUCAGCGUUUGGACACCUCGCUCUGACUUAUCCAAAUUCCAGACAUAAUUUUAGCCCCCGUAGCAAUUGUAUGGUUUAGUUGAAAUUAGAAGAUGUCUGCAUUCAUGCAUACAUCAUGCAUAGCCAUAAUUUCAUUAUCUGUUUUUGGUUGAGAAUCUAGCCGAUUCUGGUUUAUUAAAACAAAACAUGGGUUACAAUAUUUUCUUUAAUGUGUGAAUCUAAACAAUGACUAUGUUUCCUACCUCAGAUAGAAUUAUAAUCAGCAUUGUCACCCUUUAGGGUCAUGUUAGUAACAUGGAACACUAAGCCCUGUUGAAUGAGAGAAGAUGGGCAGC